AUGAUUAUUAUUGAUGAUGAUGAUGAUGAUGAUGAUGAUGAUGAUGGUGAUGAUGGUGAUGAUGAUGGUGAUGAUGAUGGUGGUGAUGAUGGUGAUGAUGAUGUUGGUGGUGAUGAUGAUAUGAUGGUGAUGAUGAUGGUGAUGAUAAUGAUGAUGAUGGUGAUGAUGGUGACCAUGUUUUUUCGUUAAUAUAGUGAGUGAAGCAGAAAAACAGAGAACAGAACAAGAAUUCCGAAGCCAUAAAGCAAACAUGGUUCCCCAACGUAAGUUUGUUUCAAUUUAUCGUUUAUUCAUAUACGUCAAUAACUCAACCAGUUCCAAACUCUGACAAAGAUUACUCUCAACUUCUAGUAACAGCACAAAAUGGUCAAAGUCAGGUUCCUCAAGCCUCGGAUGAACAGGAUGGCAGGAAGAUACCGCUGUCCCCAAGAACAUCACCUGCGGGCACAGAAACUGAAGUACAGACUGAAGAUGUAUGUGCAUUUCGUAUCAUUUCUAAAACUAUGUUUAACGAGCGUACAUGUUGUAUCUGGGCGAUUAUUAAGGCAACUGUAUAGAUUACAGUGAUAAGCCAAGUUUUGAAAUCCAACAAACGUCAUUUUUCUUUUUCAGUAUCAAACUUCGCUCAAGCCAGAGCGAGUUUCCAAUAUUCAACGUGUUUAUAAAGUUGUCUUCGUGGGAGACUCGGGCGUAGGAAAGUCGAGUUUCAUCCACAGAUACUGUUACGAAAUAUGGAAGCCGUCAUAUACCGCGACGAUAG